UCAUCAAGCCCUCUAGGAAGCUGUGAUUUCACCCUAGCAGCACAUUAUGACCGCACAAUAGAAAGGCGCGGGGCAGUUUAAUCUGCCGGUGUGAGUUAUGGUGUGGUUGACCGUCUCAUUCUCCAACAGCACCGGAAGAGCCGCAAAUGCGCAUGAGAGAGACGCGAAAAUACCAUGAGAAUAGACUGUCAUCUCUGCGGUCCGCUGUAUUUCAGUCUGGUGACAGAAGACCUGGCGAUUCGGACGGAUUUCAUGUAAUACCAAACGGUUGUCGGCAGCUGUGUUCGCGCCUGUUCCCCUGCAAGAAUGAGCUCCUCUCCCAUCAUGCCGCGGUUGUCCGUCGACAUCUUGGAGGAACUGCAGCUCUUUGCAGCUCAAAACCUGGAGAAAGUGGAGGUCAACAAGUACUGUGAGGUCAUACGAGAGCUUGGGAAGGGCACCUAUGGGAAGGUGGACCUUGUCAUCCACAAGAUCAAAGGCACCCGGAUGGCUCUGAAAUUUCUAAAGAAGAAAACCACCAAGCUGAAGAGUUUCCUCAGAGAGUACAGCAUCUCUCUUUACCUGUCUCCAUGUCCCUUUAUAAUCAACAUGUUUGGCAUUGCAUUUGAAACAGAGGAGUACUAUGUGUUUGCACAGGAGUAUGCGCCCUCUGGUGACCUAUUUGACAUCAUUCCUCCACAGGUGGGGCUUCCCGAACCUGUAGCUAAGCGAUGUGUCCAUCAAGUGGCCAUCGCAUUGGACUAUCUCCAUUCAAAAAAGCUAGUGCACAGAGACAUCAAGCCUGAGAACAUCUUGAUCUUCGAUAAGGAAUGCCGCAAGGUCAAGCUGUCAGACUUUGGCAUGACCAGGCGAGCCGGCUCUCCGGUGAAACGCGUGAGCGGAACGAUCCCCUACACGGCCCCCGAGCUCUGCGACACGUCCAAGCACGAGGGCUUCUGCGUGGACUACAGCAUGGACGUGUGGGCCUUCGGUGUUCUGCUCUUCUGCAUGCUCACCGGAAACUUCCCCUGGGAGAAGGCCAUGCCCUCCGACACCUUCUAUGAAGAGUUUGUGCGCUGGCAGAGGAGGAGGAGGACAGGCACGGUACCUUCGCAAUGGCGCCGCUUCACGGACGAAGCCCUGCGGAUGUUCCGAAAGCUUUUGUCCCUGGAGCAGGAAAGGCGCUGCUCCGUCAAAGAGGUGUUUGCUCAUUUUGGCCACCGAUGGAUGCUGGAUGGCCAGAGUGGUGGAAGUCACCAUCAGGCUGUGCUGAACUCUUCGUCUGAAGAAGAGGAGCUACUCGUGGACCGGAUGAAACAGCAGACGCUGUCUCCGGCGGCCAAGAGCAACGGUGUGGAGCCCGCCACGACUGCCGCUCACCACUUCACCUCCGUGUCUACCAACAGCUCGGUGUCUUCCACCAACAGCUACGAGCGUUCGGCUAGAGACAGCCCUCCUAGCAGCCGCAUACUGGUCACCAAUCCUAUAGAGAUCUGCGUUUAGCUUAAACCACACAAGUUCAUUCACAGCUUCACAUAUUUACAAAACCAGACACACUCACGUGUGAAUAAAACUUUUGCACACCUACUAGAAGGAUUUCGCAGAUUCUUGUAGUGGCAUUCAUUCACAGUGAAUGAAGAUAAGCUUAGUUUAGUCAGUAUUUGAUUCUUCAGAGUUUAUGAGUUGUGAGCAGCCUUUAGCUGUGCAUCUUUGUUAACAUUCCUGACGGGUAUUUAUGCACUUCUGCAGAAAAGAACAAAUACUGAGCAGGUUGUACUUUGUUACUCAUGAAUAAACAAUGAACCAAUAAAAGAGUGGAUUGAGAUGAAGAUUUAUAAGCUUGAAAGCAGUUCAAACAGUUCGUGGGAAGAUGUAUUGGGGCUUCCCUGAAACUUCUCUACAGCAAUACAUGAAGCAAAAAACGAUGAGCGCAAAGGGGGUCUACGUUCUUACGAGGAACAUGUUGAAAAUCAUUUUUGUGACCAAGAAACACAAAUCAGGAAGACUUCAAAUGUUUGAUGUUAUGAUAUCUGAGGUAUCAUGUGAGUGGGUGUUUGUGCGAUAAUAUUUAGUUUGAUUUACUGAAAUGUUCAGUACAUGCAACAAAACCCGAGGAGGUUGUGACAUGUUUCGGUCAUGUGAUGGGUAUUGCAUGUAAGCCUACUUCAAGUGAUUCUAAUUCUGACCUGUAGACUGUUGUUUUGAAUUUCCUUCAUUUAUCAGGAUUCUUAGUAUUGAGAAAUAUAUUUUUUCAGUUGUAAAGUAGUUGAGGAUGUUUGUGCUUAUUUAUUUUGGUACUUGUCGUGCCAAAUUCACUUUGUAUUUCUCAGCACUAUAAUUUGAAAACUUUUUCUUUUUUUCUUGAAAUAGUUUUUCGAUAGCAACACUGAAAAAGCUGAAGUUUGGUUUCUUUAUCGUUUUGACGUUUUACUUUGUUGAGAAAUUUCUGUUGCAAAAACAGUGAUCUGGUGUAAUGGUAAACAUAUCUCUUUGAAGACAUUUUGCCUACCAAUUUCAGUUCUUUUUCUUCCCCCUUUAAAGUCUUUGUUUUUUUAUACAUUGGUUUAAAAACACAAACUCUAAAGACUGAAGAUGUGCACAAUCACAUUCUAAUGUUUGCAUGAUGACGAAAACAAAUUUAUUGAAGAAAAAACAUUUAAGAUACGUGAAAACUGUUGUAAUGUGAAAUUCUUGCCGUCACAAUUUCUUGCAUAAUGUGUCAGAGUGAAAUUGUAGUAGAUGACUUAGGGCUAAACAUCGAGCCAAAUGAAUAAUUGUUAGUUUUGUUGUGUCGUGUUUGUGUGCUGUUGUUGUGUUUAUUUCACUGAACUACCUGGAAAAGCCGGUACUGUACGCAAUAUUCAGGAGAGGUUUAAAGUACUGUAGAGGGCAGACUUGAGCCUUGCUGAGAAAUUCAGUUUGCCGUUUAAUUUAAUGCCUUGAAGACAAACAAACUGGUUUUUAUUAGAAUUGAUGUAUUUGUGUUUUAUUUUUGUGUACAUGUUUGCAUGACCUUUCUACACUCAAAAAAAAUGAGAUCACUUUGCUUCAAAUCUGGGCCAUUGGUCUACAAGAGAUCAGCAUAAAAUCCUGUUUUUACAUGCAGGAAACAUUUUGCAACUCUGCUGGCAUUAGUACAUUUAUGCUUCCUGACCAUAAGAUUAGAUAUGAAAUGCAUACAGCAGUAUUUACAUUCUAAUCUUCAGUAACAUGAAAGCUGAACAAGGAGGAUUUGACGAUCAAUUGAACUUUGUUCUGCUGGUUGUGCUCAAGCUUUUGGUUUGUGGUGGUAUUUUUGAUUGGUCUUGAAACAAACUCUGAAACUCAUCCAACUCCUGUCUUUGCAAUACAACUGUCUUCCUGUAAAUUCAGAUUUAUUCAGAAAUAAAUCUUGACCAAAAGUGUGCAUGUUUUUAAGGGCUGAA